AUGACCUCUCCAGCUGAGCAGGGCUCUUUGACCAUGAACUUUGAGCUGACGCUACCAAACGAGAGACAUGCCCAAAUAGUGCACAAUUCACUAAGGAUUGAUAAAGAACCCUCCAAAAACAAAAUAGAGAGAACGCUCAAUGUUGAAGGCCCAAAGCUCAUUGUAUCGUGGAAAGCCAAAGACAGUCGGUCAUUGAGGGUCAGUGUUAAUGGGUUCCUCGAACUUUUGUCAUUAGUAUUGGACACCAUUGGAGAUUUUGAUCUACAACUAACCAACACGACGAAUUAUGCAUACGACGUAUACGGAGUCUUGAACUUUCUGACAGCAUUUGAACCAAGUCAUCGAGCAAAACCAAUAAGAGGAAGCAUGAAACCCAGAUUAAAAGCAGAGAAACGGGAAGUCCUGAGUGGCGGCAGACUUUUGGAGCUGGCUAAUUUUCAAAAGCUUGGAAAAAAGUUUACAGUCCUUAACAAUUUAAGAUUCUAA